UUUAGUGUAUAUUUAGCGGGUAUCUCUAAAAUUCGAGUAUUUUCAUGUCAUACAAAUGUUGCAAAUACAAUUUCAUAGUCAAGUCAAAUGGCGUGCAAGUGCGUUAGUUAAUUACCAAACCCUCCGUUUUAAUUACCACCUUUCCCUGCCACUAUGACCACCUAUAAAACUCUCCCACGACGUGGCUUCUCGACGUAUUUUGCUAUCCGCCACCAUGAAGCAUUGGAGACGACGCUCUUCCGCUGUUUUGACGAUCGUCCUGCAAGUGCUGAUACUCCUGCUUCCCGAUCCUGGAGUGGCCAUGACGAUGGAUCAGUUUUUGACCUCGCUAGACAUGAUCAGGAAUGGCUGUGCACCAAAGUUUAAGCUUAAAACAGAAGAUCUCGAUCGUCUUCGCGUUGGUGACUUCAGUUUUCCGCCAUCGCAGGAUCUUAUGUGCUACACAAAGUGUGUGUCCUUGAUGGCGGGCACUGUGAAUAAAAAGGGGGAGUUCAACGCUGCCAAGGCUCUGGCCCAACUUCCGCAUCUGGUACCCCCGGAAUUGAUGGAGAUGUCCAGGAAAUCCGUAGAAGCUUGCAGAGAUACGUCUAUAUAUCUAUAUAUUUUCGCAGAUAAACAAUUCAAGGAAUCGUGCGAGAGGGUCUUCCAAACAGCCAAGUGCUUCUCUGAAAAUUCCGAUGAUAGGUUCAUGUGGCCUUAAAAAAGUUUUUGAGAACUAAGGUUAUUGAGGUUUAUUCUUCAAUGAUCAAUUUUUAAUAUCUGUGUAAAUCAUGUGUAUGCUGAAUUCAUCAAAUUAUAUUGAGAAAUCCUUGUAAUCUUAACCUGAAUUAUGGUAGGAAAUGAACAUACCCUUACUUACGCUGUUGAUUCAAUUAAAACCAAAAUUUACACAUUAAAAAAAGCUUAUAUACCUAUUAAAAUAAGAAGAAACUAAAA